UCGGCUGUUUUUUUUUCUUCUCCGGGGUGGCGGUCGUAUUCGUCGGCAGCGCUCCUCGUCCAGAACCCCCGGUGUGUGUGCGUGCGUGCGUGCGUCCGUGCGCGUGUAACGGACAUUUAAAUGAUAUCGCACAGCGAAGAAGGGAAGCCGUUCUGUUGAGCCGCGUGCGCACUUCGAGCGGACACCGGGACACACACACACACACACUCACACACACAAAACAAAUAAAAAUGGACUUGCACAUUUUGGACCACAGGCUCCGGGUCAUCAGCAUAUCCAAGAGCGGGCUGGUGCAUUUCACGCACCCCCUCAUCAAGCUGAUCUUCCUCCGGAACAGGACACGAUGCAAGUUCUUCAGCCUGACGGAGACGCCCGAGAACUACACCGUGGUCCUCGACGAGGAAGGAUUCAAAGAGCUCCAGCCCUCCGAGCAUCUCAAGGUCGAAAGCUCCAUCUGGCUGCCGCUCAACGUGGUCUCCAACGGCAACGCCUCCAGCAGCUCGCAGGCCGUCGGCGUGACCAAGAUCGCCAAGUCGGUCAUCGCCCCGCUGGCCCAGCAGCACGUCUCCGUCUUCAUGCUCUCAACGUAUCAGACCGACUUCAUCCUGGUGAGGGAGAAAGACCUGUCCGUGGUGGUCGGCACGCUGGAGGAGGAGUUCAACAUCUACGAGGAAGUGGGCGGAGAGUCGGUCCCGAUGCUCUGUCAGGACGUCGCCAACGCCCUCCAGAAGAACGCCAAAGAAGGUAGAGGGGCGCCGCCCCCGUUGUCGGUGUCAACAACCACCCGGCCCACGGUUCACCCGGUGCUGAUCCCUCAGAACCAGUUCUGCGUCAUGUCUCUGGACCCGGACACGCUGCCGUCCAUCGCCACCACGCUCAUCGACGUCCUCUUUUACUCCAACGGCCCUAAAGAGGACGCCCAGUCGUCUCCUAGCCGGGACCUGGACUGCAUCAAGUUCUUCUCCUUCUCCCUCAUUGACGGCUACAUCUCCCUGGUGAUGGACACCGAGGCGCAGAGACAGUUUCCUGCUGACCUUCUCUUCACAAGCUCAUCCGGGGAGCUGUGGAGGAUGGUGCGUAUCGGGGGUCAACCGCUGGGCUUUGAUGAAUGUGGUAUCGUCGCCCAGAUAUCUCAGCCUCUGGCCGACAGCGACAUCUCUGCGUAUUACAUCAGCACCUUCAGCUUCGACCACGCUCUGGUCCCCGAGGAGGACAUCGUGAGAGUGACGGACAUGCUCCAGAACCAGAGGAAGGAACCGGCCGCUAGUUGAUUUCUGAAGUCCAGCAGGACGAGACUCUAAACCCCCGUGCCUAGACUAGCACCCCGUGCCUAGACUAGCACCCCGUGCCUAGACUAGCACCCCGUGCCUAGACUAGCACCCCGUGCCUAGACUAGCACUGCAUCGCCAGCAGUAUUAACCACUACGAACUCGCCAUGACCACCAGAAGCGCUUCUCCACGGUGUGAGGCCUCCUGUCUUACCUUUUCUAAGGCACAAUGCACUGAGUCCCAGGGGCCCCACAAGUUCACGCAUGCACACACACACACACACACACACACACACACACACUCCCGCGCGCGCGCGCAUAUUCCAGACACACAAACUCAACAAGCACAAAGUCAGGAUAUGUGAUCGACUCUUUCUCUCUAAUGCAGGUGGUCUGAAGAUUUGAAUUAUUCAUAUUAUUUUUGGGCUGGGAACGGCAGAUCACACGUAAAUAAUACAUACAUUAUAUAAUAAAUGCAUUUCAGCAGUGCUAUAAACGCACAGCUUAGUCUUCCAGUAAUGUUUAUAUCAUCAUGCAAUGUGUCGCCUUUUUUUUCUUCUUUCUUGCUUUCCACUGAAAGCUUGAAAUGCAAGGGCAGUUGUGAGAAUGUUGAUCUUACAAUCCAUUUUCAUGCAAAAGAAAACUUGAGAAUUUCUAUUUUUUUGACAACAGGGCUCACUCAUUUUGGUUUACGAGGAAUGUGCAGAUAGUUCUUAUAUAUUAAAACUCGAAAGGUCGGCAUUUCUUAACCGUAGUAUUACCCAAGGUCAGCAACAUAUGUCUUAUUUUUUGUUAUUUGCACAACACUCUAUUGAUUUAUCUAAUAUCCCUCAGAUGUUUCUUUUUUUUCUUUGGUACAACUUUUGUACAAUUUGAAGUAAAAGUAUUCUUUAAACAUUUGUCUUUUUUUUUUGUGCUGCUUCAUUCAAUAAAAUAUUGAAAAUAGGUA